CGCUCUCUUCCGGCCCUGCCUCGGCGAGCCUGAGACUUGUUACCUUCCGAGCCGUGCGGGCCACUCCGGCUUUUAAGGAAUCCAGUUCCGCUGUUGGAGCACAGACCUGGCGAUUCCAGCGCGUUUUCGAGAGCACUUAGUUUUUAGGUGGUUGGAAACAGCCGGGUUUUUUGUUUUGUUUUGUUUUUGAAACGGAUGCUUCAUCUGAGAAUUUGCUGUUGUCUUGUUAGGUUGUGUUUUAUUUUGACCAUUACUUUCAGAUAGAAAAGGAGACUUACAGGAACCAGUUAGCCUUCAGGAAGAAAAGGCACCCGCAGAAAGGAUGGUAGCUGACUGGCUGACAGAUUAUCAGGAGUCAGUGAGCUUUGAUGAUGUGGCUGUGGACUUCACCCAGGAGGAGUGGACUUUACUGGACCCAACUCAGAGAAACCUAUAUGGUGAUGUGAUGCUGGAGAACUACCAGAACCUGGCCACAGUAGGAUGUCAGAUCAUCAAGCCCAGUCUGAUCUCUUGGUUGGAACAAGAAGGAGAGUUAAGGACAGGUCAGAGAAGAGUUCUCCAAGAAUGGGAAAUGCAACUUAAAACCAAAUGCUCGGCACUUCAGCAGGAAAUUUUAAGGAGUAACCUGUCCAAUGAUAUACGAAUGCAACAGGCAGGAAUCCACAAUGGAGGAGGACUCUAUGACUGGAAGCAAUGUGAAGAAUUCUUCAGUGAACACACAUGCGGUAAGACCCACAUGAAAACUCAAAGUAUAGGAGACACUUAUGAUUGUGAUCAGCGUGGAAAAGAUUUCCUUACUGUUCAACAAGAAACCUCUACUAGAGAGAAACUUUCUGCAUUUAAUCGGAGUGGAGAAAUCUUCUGCAUGUCACCUAAUGUUUACCAGAGACAGUUGUUUACUAGCACACAAGAGAAAUCCUUUGAAUGCAGUGACUGUGGGAAAUCCUUUGUUAAUCAGUCACACCUUCAAGCACAUUGGGAAAUUCACAGUGGAGACAAACUCUGUGAAUGGAAGGAAUAUGGGGGUUUUAUAAACUCUGCAAGCCUUCCUGUGCUUAUAGAAACACUCAAUGCAAGAAAACCUUACAAAUGUAAGGAAUGUGGGAAAGGCUAUAGAUAUCCUGCAUAUCUAAAUAUUCACAUGCGAACUCACACUGGAGAGAAACCCUAUGAAUGUAAGGAAUGUGGAAAAGCCUUCAAUUACUCUAAUUCAUUUCAAAUACAUGGAAGAACUCACACUGGAGAGAAACCCUAUAUAUGCAAGCUAUGUGGAAAAGCUUUCACUCAGUACUCGGGCCUUAGUAUACAUCUACGAUCUCACAGUGGAGACAAGCCCUAUGAAUGUAAGGAAUGUGGGAAAGCAUUCCUUACAUCCUCACGUCUUAUUCAACAUAUAAGGAUUCACACAGGAGAGAAGCCUUUUGUAUGUGUCCAAUGUGGGAAAGCCUUUGCUAUUUCUUCAAAUCUUAGUGGACAUCUAAGAACUCACACUGAGGAGAAGGCCUGUGAGUGUAAGGUAUGUGGGAAAGUAUUUGGGUAUCCCUCAUGUCUUAAUAAUCACAUGCGAACUCACAGUGCCCCCAAAUCCUACACAUGUAAGGAAUGUGGGAAGGCUUUUAACUAUUCUACCCAUCUUAAAAUUCACAUGCGAAUCCACACUGGAGAAAAACCCUAUGAGUGUAAACAGUGUGGGAAAGCCUUUAGUCAUUCCAGUUCAUUUCAUAUACAUGAAAGAACUCACACUGGAGAGAAGCCCUUUGAAUGUAAGGAAUGUGGGAAAACUUUCAUAUGUUCCAGUUCCUUUAGAAUUCAUGAAAGAACUCACACUGAAGAGAAACCCUAUAAAUGUCAGCAAUGUGGGAAAGCCUACAGUCAUCCUCGUUCGCUUCGAAGACAUGGAAAGACUCAUUAGCAAGAAACCUUAUACAUGGUAGGGAAUAUGAGAAAGUCCUCAUUUACCCCACUUUACACAGAAGAAAUGAAUGGACCCACACUGAACAGAAGUCUAUCAAACAUGCUUAGUAGCCAGGCAUAGUGAUGUAUACCAAUGGUCCCAGCUACUUAGGCUGAGACAGGAGAAUCAUGAGCACAAGGCUGUUAGGGACGACGUAGCAAGACUGAAUCCUCCCCACCAAAAGUAAAAUGAGCUAGUGGUGACCCCUAAUGCAGGAUAUACAGAAGACUACGUGAAGUCUUGAGAAGAUGGCCAUCUUCAAAAAGAGAUAGAGGGCUAGAAUGGAAUAGGCUUCUAUUAAGGCCUGCUAGGUGGACAGGGUGAUGCAUGAUUGUAAUUCUAGCACUCUGGGAGAUUGAGGCAAGAGCAAGCAAAUUGAUCUUUGACUCCCAGCUUCCAGAAUUAUAAGGAAAUAAAUUUGUUGUUUAAGCCACCUGGUCUGGUAUUUUAUUAUCAGCUAUAGCAAAUGACUAUAGUAAGGAAUAUGGGAAACCUUUAGAUUGCUCAAAAGCCUUAAUAUUCAUAUGCAAUGCCUGGUGUGGUGGUGUGUACCUGUAAUUCCAGGUAUUCCAGAGACUGAAAAAGGAGGAUCUAGAGUUUGAGUCCACCCUGGGCAACACUGUGAGACACCAUUGCAGAAAAACAUGAUCACACUGGAGAGAAAACCUCACUAGAGAGAAGUCAUAUGUGUGUGAGAGGUGUGGGAAAGAGUACAUUGGAUUUUCAUAUCUUUCUAAACAGGGAAGAAAUCACACAGGAGAGAAAGUCUUUGAAUUUGAGAGAUGUAAAAAAAAAAAAGUGUUCAUUGAA